AUGGCCAACUCCCUAAGUACCUUUCAGCGGUACAUCAACUGGACGUUAAGAGAGUACCUCGACGAUUUCUGCUCAGCCUACCUCGACGACGUGCUGAUCUACACCGACGGCCUACAUGUAGACAUUAAGAAGUGCGAGUUCGAAGUGACAACAACUAAGUACCUCGGUUUUAUCAUCGAAGCAGGGAAAGGUAUUAGAAUGGACCCUGACAAGGUUAAGGCUAUUAAGGAGUGGGAGGCACCUAAGACAGUAAAAGGCGGACUAGAAGAACAAGGAGCUUUCGACAAGCUCAAGGAGGUCUUUAUCACCGAGCUGAACCUAGCGACUUUCGACUCUGAGCGCGAUACAGUUCUAGAAUGCGAUUCUUCUGGGUACGCAGUAGGAGGAGUACUCUCUCAGUACGACGAUGAAGGUGUACUACGUCCUUGCGCAUACUUUUCGAAGAAGAACAACGCUUACGAGUGCAACUACGAGAUCCACGACAAGGAACUGCUAGCUGUCGUCCGUUGUCUCGAGGAAUGGGACGCCGAACUGCGUUUAGUCAAGAGUUUCAAGCCAACGCCCCAGUGCUACGAAGAAGUUAGUGAGGAGCAAGAGGAAUCGCCUAGCAGCUGGGUAAUGUUAGCGAAAAUACGCGUAGGGAGGGUAGGCACACCCCCUAGUCCGACUGAAGAGCAGUCGGAGCAACGAGACUCGAGCGUGGGCGACGAGGUACCUGAGCAACCGACGGAACUGGAAGAUCUAGUUAGCCAGGAAGAGGACCUUGCCCAAGCAAGUGAAUUGGAGAAGCUGUGGCUGGAGGCCUUGAAGGGAGAUCGGCAGUAUAAGGACGCCACACAAGCUGUACUAGACCAGGAACGGAGGUUCCCACCCAGCUUAGGCGUGAAAUGCUCGAUCAUAGAGUGCUUAGUCAACGACCAAGGACAGUUGCUAUAUCGAGGCAGGAAAGGGACUCAGUUUGUCAGCGUACUGUGGGAACGUCUUUGCGAGAUCCUAAAGAUCAAUCGGCGGUUGUCAACAGCCUUCCACCCGCAGACAGAUGGCGCGACGGAACGAAUGAACAGCGUAUGGGAAGCGUACAUUCGAGCGUUUAUUAGCUGGUCGCAAGACGACUGGGCAUUGUAUUGCCCUAUGGCCCAGAUCGCUAUCAAUGGGAGGGACGCGACGUCGACAGGAGUAGCCCCGUUCUUCUUACAACACGGCUACAACGUUGACCCACUGCAAUUGGGAACACCGCUCGGCGCUGACAGGAAGAAGUACACAGCCGAAGAACGUUCAGACCGCGAGAAGGCAGAAGCAAUCGUAGCCAAGUUCAGAGAUGUGUUCGACCUAGUACAGGCCAGCAUGGCUGAAGCCCAGGCUGAGCAAGAAAGACAAGCGAAUAGGCACCGCAAGGAGGCAAGGAGCUACAAGGUUGGCGAUAAAGUCUAG